CAGCCAUGGGAAAGUCCAAGAAGAAGGUUUCAUGCAGAAGGCUUGGAGGGUAUCUCAGACAACAAAAAGGAAGGCUGUACAUUAUCAGAAGAUGUGUUGUUAUGCUUCUUUGCUGGCAUGAUUAAACAAGUAUUUACUGCAAACUUGGAGCUGAUGAAGGAUUCAUCCAUCUCUUCCGGUAUCCGAGUAUUUUUGCAGCUAAUUUAGGCUUCUUUCUUUCUUCUUGUUUUCCAAUUGUAAAUAGCAAAAGAGGUGAUAAUAUAGGUUAGGGCUUUAGAGAGCUUUCUCCUACCUUUCAACUGGCUUUUCAGACUAUAAAAACCCUCAUGUUAAAUCA